AAUUCAUCCGCUCAACCCCUGAAUCACCAACCACGAGCUAAAAUGGUUCCUGAUUCUCCCUUUCUAACGUCUUAGCGAUCCAAUGGUUCUUCCCUUUCAAGACAAGUGUUGCAAGCUCCCCCGGCUUCCGGCUGCAUCACCUAUUGGCUUGAUUAUGUGACCACGAUCGUUCGAAUUCUUGUCAACCAACGAUGUUCACAGCACUUGCGGUGACAGCUGGCCGUGCCCUGCAAGACAGUCCCCGAAUUGUUGUUCACCGCCUGAAAGAGUCUCCACGCGGCCCGCUCGCGCACCCGGGAGAGGGUUCCCCGUCUUCCCAGCCCAUCCACUACGACCGAUCGAGAGGUCUAAAAGUCCAUGCGGUGAAGGCUUGACCAUGCUUAUGCUUGAAAUACAAAUGCAGCACCACCUCGCCUGCUUCUUGACAAGAGAUCUAUCUUCUCAAAGGCUUCUGCUAUGCAGCCUGGAGAGCCCAUGGCCACUCCAAUAAACCAUUUUUAAUCUUGACUUCCUUCAAUGACAAUACCGUCCUGUUAGGGCGAGUCGCUCAUGAAUGGCUUCCAACACCUUCAUGGCGGUCCAAGAGACCAUUGCUGCCCUUACCUGGCAGCAGACCGGAUGCUUGCUUGCGGGCAUCUGGCUCAUCUAUGUCGUCCAGCUUGUGAUUUGGAGACUAUGGCUCAGCCCUCUGGCCCAUAUCCCAGGUCCCAAGCUGGCCGCUUUGACUCAAUACUAUGAGUUCUACUACGACUUUGUCCUAGGAGGACAAUACACCUACAAGAUCAUCGAUAUGCAUGAACAAUAUGGCCCCAUUGUUCGCAUCAACCCCUGGGAGGUCCAUGUCGGAGACCCUGAAUUCUUUUCGGACCUCUACACUGGACCUAGCCGACGUCGAGACAAGUGGACAUUCUACACCCAACAGUCCGGUGCCCCCCGUACCCGUGUUCCUCACCCAACUGCUCUCGCAGGACCCAAGACUGCGACAGAAGGCUCUCUUGCUGCCAUCGACCACAGCCUUCACAAGUUGCGUCGAAGUGCGCUGAGCCCCUUCCACUCAACUCAGACUGUGCGCGAAUUGCAGCCGGUUAUUGAGGAGAGAGUGGAAGCUCUUCUGGGUGCGUUCCUGAACUACGCCGAGGUAUCCAACGGACAACCUCUUGAUGUCAUGUAUCCCUACUCGGCCUUCACCAAUGAUGUCAUCAAUGAGUACGCUUUUGCUCGAAGCGACCAUCUCGUCGAGAAGCCUGAUUUCGGUGCUGAGGUCACUAAUGACCUUCUCAUUGGUACUCACAUGGGACCCUGUGUGCAGCAGCUCGACUGGGUUCUCACACUCGUCAAUGCUCUACCGGAGUCCAUCUCAAACCGGUGCAUGCCGGGAUGGGGAGGGUUCUUGAAGAUGAAGAACGACAUUCUUGAACAGAUCCACAGCGUCGACCCUCCUCAAAGCAGCGGUAAGUGGAUGAUGGAUGGAGGUCACCCUACCAUGCUCUCCACUAAGACUCGCUCCGUUCGUGACAAGACUGCCUCUCGCCAGACACAGGAAAGCCAGAUUACUGUCCAGGGUGGUACUCUAACCACGUCGUGGGCCAUGUCACUUGCCACUUUCCACCUUUUAAACCGCCCCGAGACCCUCCGCAAGCUACGCGACGAGCUCUUUGAUGCCAUCCCCGAUGCUUACGAGACUACUCCUCUGUCAAAAUUGGAGAAGCUCCCCUACCUCCGUGGAGUCGUCAAGGAAGCUCUGCGUCUUGCUAUCGGAACUAGCAGUCGCCUCGCACGCGUUGCGCCCGAUGAGGCUCUCGUCUACCAUGAUCGCGAGAACGACGAGGAGUGGAACCUCCCUCCAGGGUCCAUCGUUGGCAUGAGCCCUUACAAGACCGUCAUGGACGAGAAAAUCUUCUACGACGCCCGUGGCUUCCAUCCUGAGCGAUGGGUGGAGGAUGGAGAGCGACUUGACAAGUAUCUCGACAUCUUCUGCUCCGGCUCCCGCAUCUGCCUCGGCAUGGCUCUGGCUCACGCCGAGCUCUAUCUUACACUUGCCAAACUCUUCCGCAGAUGGGGAAGCGGUGGUGUUGUGUAUGGCAGCGAUGAUGGCGAUCAGCGCUUUGGAGACGUUGGCUACCUCAGCAUUUUCGAGACACGAGUUCGAGACUGCGAGAUUGAUGCUGACUACUUCAUGCCUAUUCCCUACAAGGGAUCUGAGGGAUUUCGCUUCGUCUUCGAAACCUAUUAGGUUGAAGAUAAACACUGCACCACUAUAUCAAGGUUAGGUAUCUUUGCUCUGCUUUUUUGCCGCUUUGCGAUACCCAGCACCUAUUAUGUCUUUCCUAUGAACCCUUUUGAUGAAAACGAGUUUGUAUGAUGGGAUUACGAUCAUGUUAUGUCAUGAGAAGCUAUGAGUUUCAUGUUUUAUGUUUUUAAGAUACGGUACAUACGUGCCUUUUUCUAUGUCACGAGUUUACGUCUUGCAUUGCUUUCCAAUAGCCUUCUGGCUUUAUUUGUUACCGUGUUCUGGAGAAGAAGAUGUCGAUCUGAAAGCCUAGCAGUCUCUGUGUUGAACAUGGAUGAACAGCAAGACUUUCGCAAUCAACACCAAAUCUUCAAGCUGAAUGACGCGCACGGAUAAGAGGUUGAUCUUCUUUGUCAUGAUAAAUACGAUAUAUGGACUUUUACGAAUCCCGAAUCCCAAAGGAUCAUGAGAUACAGAACUGUAUCCUUUUUUCUUGUGUUGAAGGCCAGGACUUGAACUGGUUGGAUAGGAGAACCGGAGAAAUACAUAGAUAAAAACAAUGAAAAAUUACAAAUAUCCAAUUCAACA